GGAAGGAAUAAGGCCAAUAAGUAAGAAACGACAUGAAGUUAGUUUGUCAUGUCAUAAAUGCCAUUAUUUUUCCUUUCAUUGUUUACAUUACACCAUCGCGAUACAAAAAGAAAGAUAAAAAGGUCUACCAGCAUAUUUUCAUUUAUGAAACCGUUUUGAACAACUUUUUAUCUGUAGCAGUAAAUCAAAAUGGAAAAAAAUUUAGAACAUUUAAUGGGAGAACUUUUAAAUACGCCUGGCGUAUAUGGGUGCGUUUUUGCAAAUCACAAUGGUCUCUCUCUUGGAAUGAAAGGUCAAGUUUCCAGUAACAGUGCAGGUAUAAUAAGUGCAAUCGCAGAAGAGGCAGCUAAAUUGGAACCAAACAGCAAGCCUCCAAUUAUACAUUUUGAAAGUGAUACCCGUUCUUGUACUAUACAAAAAGGAAGCAAUGUCACUGGUGCUAUAUUUAAAAAUGUACAAACCUAA